AUGGCUGACGAAAAGCCCAAGGAAGGAGUCAAGACGGACAACAACGAUCAUAGUAAUUUGAUGGGGCAGGAUGGUUCUGUGGUGCAGUUUAAGAUUAAGAGGCAUACACCACUUAGUAAACUAAUGAAAGCCUAUUGUGAACAACAGGACACACCUGCACAGUUGAAAAUGGAGGAUGAAGAUACAAUAGAUGUGUUCUAG